GCCGCGGCUGCUCGCCUUUCCCGGCCGCCCGCCCCCUGCCCCGGGCCCGCGUAUGAAUCUCCUGGACCCCUUCAUGAAGAUGACCGACGAGCAGGAGAAGGGCCUGUCCGGCGCCCCCAGCCCCACCAUGUCCGAGGACUCGGCCGGCUCGCCCUGCCCGUCGGGCUCCGGCUCCGACACCGAGAACACGCGGCCCCAGGAGAACACCUUCCCCAAGGGCGAGCCGGACCUGAAGAAGGAGAGCGAGGAGGACAAGUUCCCCGUGUGCAUCCGCGAGGCGGUCAGCCAGGUGCUCAAGGGCUACGACUGGACGCUGGUGCCCAUGCCGGUGCGCGUCAACGGCUCCAGCAAGAACAAGCCGCACGUCAAGCGGCCCAUGAACGCCUUCAUGGUGUGGGCGCAGGCGGCGCGCAGGAAGCUGGCGGACCAGUACCCGCACCUGCACAACGCCGAGCUCAGCAAGACGCUGGGCAAGCUCUGGAGACUGCUCAACGAGAGCGAGAAGCGGCCCUUCGUGGAGGAGGCGGAGCGGCUGCGCGUGCAGCACAAGAAGGACCAUCCCGACUACAAGUACCAGCCGCGCCGGAGGAAGUCGGUCAAGAACGGCCAGGCCGAGGCCGAGGAGGCCACCGAGCAGACGCACAUCUCCCCGAACGCCAUCUUCAAGGCGCUGCAGGCCGACUCCCCGCACUCCUCCUCGGGCAUGAGCGAGGUGCACUCCCCGGGCGAGCACUCCGGGCAAUCCCAGGGCCCACCGACGCCGCCCACCACCCCCAAAACCGACGUGCAGCCGGGCAAGGCUGACCUGAAGCGAGAGGGGCGCGCCCUUCCCGAGGGGGGCAGACAGCCCCCCAUCGACUUCCGCGACGUGGACAUCGGGGAGCUGAGCAGCGACGUCAUCUCCAACAUCGAGACCUUCGACGUCAACGAGUUUGACCAGUACCUGCCGCCCAAUGGCCACCCGGGGGUGCCGGCCACGCACGGCCAGGUCACCUACACCGGCAGCUACGGCAUCAGCAGCACCGCGGCGAGCCCCGCGGGCGCGGGCCACGUGUGGAUGUCCAAGCAGCAGGCGCCCCCGCAGCAGCCCCCCCAGGCCCCGCAGGCCCCGCAGGCGCCCCCGCCCCAGCAGCCCGCGCCCCCGCCCCAGCAGCCCGCGCCCCCGCCGCAGCAGCAGGCGCACACGCUGACCACGCUGAGCAGCGAGCCGGGGCAGGCCCAGCGAACGCACAUCAAGACGGAGCAGCUGAGCCCCAGCCACUACAGCGAGCAGCAGCAGCACUCGCCCCAGCAGAUCGCCUACAGCCCCUUCAACCUCCCGCACUACAGCCCGUCCUACCCGCCCAUCACGCGCUCGCAGUACGAGUACGCAGAGCACCAGAACUCCGGCUCCUACUACAGCCACGCGGCCGGCCAGAGCUCCGGCCUCUACUCCACCUUCACCUACAUGAACCCGGCGCAGAGGCCCAUGUACACCCCCAUCGCCGACACCUCGGGGGUCCCCUCCAUCCCGCAGACCCACAGCCCGCAGCACUGGGAACAGCCCGUGUACACACAGCUCACCCGACCUUGAGGUGACCUUCCUGCCAAGGGCCAGGCCAGAGGGCUGCGAAGCGCAGAAGAAGAACCGAAGAAUCUGCACCAGAGUUUGCAGUGGACAUUGUUGGUCGUACUCUUGGAAGACCUGGAUGCUGAAGGCAACAACGCUGACCCCACUUCUUCUACAGAACAUUCUCUCUCCACCCCAGCACCACCUUGUUGCAAAGCGGUGGCCAGGCCACCUGGGCGAGAAGGAACCAGCGGAAUAGAGAAACUGGACUGAAACCUUCUUCUAGGCGGUGUGGAGGACGAGGGUUAUCGUGGGACCAGUUUCCUCAAUCUCUCUGCCUGUUUGGACUUUAAUUAUUUUUUAGCAGUAAUUAAAGAAAAAAGUCCUCUGUGAGGAAUAUUCUCUAUUUUAAAUAUUUUUUAGUAUGUACUGUGUAUGAUUCAUUACCAUUUUGAGGGGAUUUAUACAUAUUUUUAGAUAAAAAAAAUUAAAUGCUCUUAUUUUUCCAACAGCUAAACAACUUAGUGGAACAGUGUGCGCUAGCUUUCCUUGCAACCAGAGUAUUUUUGUACAGAUUUGCUUUCUCUUACAAAAGAAAAAAAGAAGUGUGUGUGUUGUUUAUUAACAGGAGAAAAAAAAAAAACACAAGUAUGUGUUAGGAGAGCAGUUGGGAGGGGGGUUAGCUUUGCUCAAUUCCUCAGGCUUUCUGAUUCAAGGAGGAGCUGCCUUAGAAAGCAAAAGAGGCCUUAUUUUGAAAAAAAAAAAAAAAAUGGAAGUAAACACAGUCUAGAGAUGCAUUUGGUAAGCUUUAUCAUAUAUAUUUUUUUAAACAGGAGCAGACCACCUUGAGCCUUAAAACCCUGCUGCUGGGAAGUCCUUGUGUUCUCUUUUUAGUGCAUUUCCUCUUGCACUUGCUUGUUUGCUGCAAUCUUGAGACGCAAAAGGCAAGCAAAGGAGACAGAAUCAGUUGGGGAAAUGUUUCAGCAGCCAAUAAGUGCCUCAGCACACGGCCCCUGGUUGCCUGCCCAGCCCAUGUGGGACACAGAUGCUGGGGGUGUCUCUCUUAAGUCACCUGUGCCUCUCUGUACACCAGCAGUUAACCUUCAAGACAGUCCAUGUGCUAAAAUUAUUUAUUUUGUAAGGAGAGGUUUUAAUUAAAAAAAAAAAAACUUCCUUUUUUUUUUUUUUUUUAAUUUACUUUCUUUAAAAUAGGUUGUUGGAGCCUUCCUCAAAGGGUAUGGUCAUCUGUUGUUAAAUUAUGUUCUUAACUGUAACCAGUUUUUUUUUUUUAUUUAUCUCUUUAAUCUUUUUUUAUUAUUAAAAGCAAGUUUCUUUGGAUGCCUUGUCCCAGAUUUGUAUAAAUGCCUAUGUCUGUCCUUUUUUUUUUUUUUCUUUGUUGUUUUUUGUUGAAAACAAACUGGAAACUUGUUUCUCUUUUUGUACAAAUGAGAGGUUGCAAAUGUAGUGUAUCACUGAGUCAUGUAGUAUUUUCUGCCACAGAUCUUGGGGCUGCCUCCGUGGUGUGUGAGCCGUGACACAGGCCCAUGUGGAAUCCAAAGCCCUCUGCAUGUUCUCUUCGAGAGAGAGGGAAGAAAACUUGGGAGGGACUCGGCCCACUGACAGACCUUCAUUCUUCAUGACUGCUGUGGCUGGACAGUUUGGGGAUUGCUUUUUAAAAAAGACAGCAAACUUUUUUUUUUAUUUAAAAAAAGAUAUAUUAACAGUUUUUAGAAGUCAGUAGAAUAAAAUCUUAAAGCACUCAUAAUAUGGCAUCUUUCGAUUUCUGUAUAAAAGCUGAUCUUUUUUUAAAAAAAAAAAUAUUUCUGUAACUUAAGAACCCUGGCAUUUAAAUCAUAUUUUUGUCUUUAGGUAAGGUUUGCUUUGUGUUUGUGUUUUGUUCGUUUGGCUUAUUCCCCACCCCCCAAACCUUAUGUUCUCUCUGUGAAACUUACCUUUCCUCUUUUUCUCUCUUUUUUUGUAUAUUAUUGUUUAC